AUGAAGGUCACAGGUGUGGUAUUGCUGGCGUCGCUAGCGGCUGCCGACGUCGCCAGUUUCUACGACAAAUGGUCCAGCAGCGAUCUACAACAGUACCUCAAAGACAGCAAGCAAGCACUACAGGAAACUGGAGAGCAAAAUUUGGACGCGCUGAAAAAGCAAGCGCAGGACGUCUGGAACAGGCAGACGCAGCCCACGCCGUGGUGGAAGUUCUGGGAGCGCAAGACCAAGCUCGCAGACUUCACCAGCAACCAGGAACCCAUCUCCGAGUGGUUCUUCGACAGCUGGUCCGCCAAGGACUUGCGGAAGCUCCUCAGCAAGAACAAGGUGAAGUUCGACGUGGAGGCGUCGCGUGACGAGCUAGCGCAGGCGGCCAAGAAGAACUUCAACAGCAUCUCUUCCAAGCUGGGGGCCUCGGGUCUCUACCCCUCCGAGUCCUACUUCCAGAACUGGGACGAGUACGACCUGACGUCCUGGCUAGAUGAGUACAAGGUGCCUUAUGACAAGGCGCACGCAAAGAAGGACGAACUGCUAUCCAAGGUCCGUGAAAACAUUUACGACGCCUCCCGCUACGUUGACGACGAGCGUCUUAACCUUCUGGAACAGCUAGAUUUUGCCAACCAGCAGAUAUCCAGCAAGGCCGGAAAGGUCAAGGACGAGGUCUUCAACUCUUGGUCGACCAAGGAGUUGGGCGAGUGGCUGCGCAGUCACAAGGUGAAGUUGGAGGACAAAGCCUCGCAUGACCGCAAAUACCUCUUGAACGUUGCUCAGAAGAACAAGAAACUUUUGAAGGAUGAUGCUCAAUGGUACCUGGAAACUGCGCAAAAGAAGGCUAGCCCUUUCUUCGGCAAAACGGAGGAGGCUGCCGCUUCCAUUUGGGACCAGACCAUCGGCAAGUUCAAAAACUGGAAAGACUACCUAUACCACGACGACAAUGUGAUCAAUGACACGUUUUUGAUUGGUGUGGAGUCUUGGCCAAAGAAGAGAUUGCGCUCUUUCUUGGAUGCCCGCGGCGUGUCAUACUCAGUCUUCAGCACUCGCGCCAGUCUCCUCGAUCUUGUGAAACAACACCGCAACAAACCAGUGAACAACUUGACCGAGUCCCCUGCUGUGGCCGACUUUUUCGACGGGUGGUCUUUUGAGAACCUCAAGGAAUGGGUCAAGGACAAGAAUGAUGACAUCACUUCCUCUGGCGUUUACAAGUCAGCCAGUAACAAAGUUAGCGAGAUUAUGGGCCACGCUCAGAAGAAGGGGGGUGAAGCCGCUGACUACGCAAUGGACAAAGGCAAUAACGCCGCCGAGCAUGCUAGCAAAGUCGCUAAAGAGAAGGGGUCUGACGCUCUUGAGUACGCGAAAGACAAAGGUUCCGAUGCAGCUGACUACGCUAAGGUGAAGGGUUCUGAUGCUGCCGAAUAUGCCAAGGACAGGGGCUCAAGCGCUGCAGAAUACGUUCAAGAGAAGGGAUCCGAAGCCGCCACUCAAGCUAGCAAGGUUGCCAAGAAAAAAGGAGCCGAGGCUUCUAAGCUCGCCAAAGAGAAGGGCAAAGAUGCUAAGGAGUAUGCAAUGGAGAAGGGCUCAGACGCUACUGACUAUGCCAAGUCAAAGGGUUCUGAUGCCGCGGAGUACGCCAAGGAAAAGGGCGCUGACGCCGCUGAAUAUGCCAAGGAAAAGGGCGCUGACGCCGCUGAAUAUGCUAAGGAGAAGGGCGCUGACACCGCAGAGUAUGCUAAGGAGAAGGGUGCUGACGCUGCAGACUACGCCAAAGACAAGAGCUACAGCGCCGCAGGAUAUGCCAAAGAGAAGACUUCCGAUGCUGCCGCUUACGCCAAAGAAAAAGGCGCUGACGCUGCAGCAGCUGCACAAGCCAAGGGCUCCGAGCUCUCUGAUGCCGUAGCGGACAAGGCAGACGAAUGGUAUAGACUAUUCAGCUCUUGGUCAAUGGACGACCUAAAGGGCUAUGCUAAAUCCUUUGGUAUCAGAACUGGCCCAACUACUACCAGAGAGAAGCUUGUCCACCAGGUCAAAGAGAACACACAGUGGUUUUUCGGCAUGAAACAGGACCCUAUGUACAAAAAGGUGCCAAAGAAGGUCAAGCAGGCCAUGUCCAACGUUGUUUUCCGCAACUGA